AUGGAAAAUGUUCCAGGUGAGUCUACAACGAACGAUGACGGCGAUAUCUUAGCCACAAAGACGGCCAUGACAGACGAUGACAAUGUAGCUGGGAGCAUGACAGGCGACAUUCUCGACAAUCCACUUCGGAAGGAUGAUGUCUCGGACGAUCCAAAUACUGACGAAUUCAUGGGCUCGGACAGCGACCUUGAUCUAGAAAAAAUCCUCAAUACCGUCACUGACCCCAGUCGUGAGCAACAUUCCCCUUCAGAAGGAUGA